UACGAUACGAAUGAAUGAGAAUGGGACAAUGGUUCGACAUCGACGGUGUACUAUGCUCAGAGAAUAUAAUUUUGUAUUUUAAGGGGAAAUCAUAUACUAUAGAACACAGUCCGACCUGCCCGCCACAGAAUUUCAUGUUCACUCAGUUGAAUUAUUCGUGAAUCUUUAUAUCAUUGGGAAGAGUUUUAUAUUUGUCGCGUAAAAUAAAAAAUCUAUAAAUAUUUUUCUAAAGUAUUGAAAAAAUAAUUACUUAAACUAAUUGUUUGGUAUUCAAAUUAAAAGGACGCGCAAUAAAAAAAUUAUUGGGAACCCUUGUGAACUUAUCUAAUAUCUUGAACUGUGCGUUACCAGUAAAUAUAAAUAUUUUGAUUCGAUAGAAAGAUAAAUGACUUCGGUGUUGCCGUUGUGUUCAAAUAUUUUUUUUGUGUGGAACUCCAUCAGGACCCUCUGAAGUAUCUUCAUUGAGACCCGACAAAGCUACUUCAAUUUCAUGUAAAUGCGAUAAUCUUGUGAAUUCAUACAAAAUGCUAAUGACUGGGCCGACAGAAACAGAUACAGCCAGUUUAGCUCUAGUGCCCCCGAGAACUGCAACAACAGCUACCAUUCAACAAAGGGAUACAACAUGGACAAAGCUCUUUGUAGGAGGCUUACCCUACCACACAACUGAUAAAAGUCUCAGAGAUCACUUUUCUGUUUUUGGUGAUAUAGAAGAAGCAGUUGUUAUAACCGACCGCCAAACCAAUAAGAGUCGUGGAUAUGGAUUUGUUAUAAUGGGUGACAGAGUCAGUACUGAACGAGCGUGCAAAGAUCCAAAUCCAAUCAUAGAUGGAAGGAAAGCUAAUGUAAAUCUAGCGAUUCUAGGUGCCAAGGCCCGUAUGAAUAUUGCUCCUGGAUUUCCGUAUGCUGCUGCUGCUGCCGCCACAAGCUUAAGGGCUGGAUAUUCUUUAAUACCAAAUCAAUUUGGAAUUCCACCACCUUACAUUUACGGGUCACCUUACUUAAGUGCUGCUGCUACAGCUUCAGCAAAUACAGCCAAUGCUGCGUCCGGCUUAGUGCCAAUCCAGGCUUCGCAGUUAUCUCAUGCAGCUGCCAUUGCUGCAGCAACUAAUCAAUUUUAUGAAUAUCAUAAUGCUGUCGUUGCUGCUGCCGCUGCACCAUAUUCUGGACAGUAUCCGACUGGUUUUGAGGCAUAUCCAUAUUCUGGCACUGUGGCAGGUAACUGCUUUACUGAACUAGGUAACGCAUCUACCGCGGGUUAUGUAACACCUUACACAUAUGCUACUUUGCCACACACAGGAGCUAGUGCUGCGACGGGAGCUUUUGCAGCUCUUAGUCCAUACCAACAGGCUACAAAUGCUUCUAUUCAAGAUGCAAGACUUCAAUAAAAUUGUAAAUGCAUAACACAAAUUGUAAACCGUUGCUUGUCAGGAAACCAAUACUUAAACUUAUUAGACAAAUAUUUAAUAAUCAUAGUUUUAAAAAGUGGAAAGGUACGGAUAUAUUGAGUAGUAGUGUUUGUAGACUAAAUCAUAGGUAUGUGUUAUGAAUAUGAGUUGUACAGAAAAGAUUAGUAAAAGUUUCAUGUCUUUGCAAAGAAGUAAUAGUGAACGUUAUUAAAGCUUAUACAUUUUCA